AUGAAAUCCAGCAGCAACACCUCUGUUUCCGGCGAUCUUAUCUCCAAGAAACGAAACGGCAAAGGAAGUGUCUCUUCCGCUGAGCCGAUCAACCGUACCGACCAACCCCGUGACUCUUCCGCCAAGGCUGUCUCUGUCGUUUCCAUGUCGAAAAAGUCAAACGGCAAGGCUGUUCUGUGCUCUGACGUGCCGAUGCGACAUAUCGGCGGAACCGGUGUUUCCUCCGCCAAAACCCAUGAAGUGAUGUUCUUCAAAGAUGUCAGAUUUGGUCCACAAGAAGGCGAGCUAAGGUUUCGUCUGAUCCAUUUUUGGGAGGCUCGGAACCCAAUUAAGAAGGUGCUUAUUGGUAUAGAGAUGCUACUUAUUGAUGAACAGGGUACUGUGAUCCAAGGGUUCAUCCCCCCAGGAAGGAUUGACACCUAUUUGCCACACAUGAUCGCCGGUUCCAUUUACAGACUCACUAAUUUUUAUGGGUCUAGGAGCAAGACUGUGUACCGGGUUGCUGAACCAAUCGUGGCCAUCACUUUCUCAUGGACCUCUGUCCUCUCUGUUUUUGAGGACAGUUCGGUUCAUUUUCCUGAGGACCGGUUCCGAUUCAAUGGGUAUGAAGAGUUUGAAGCAGGCUGUGACCUCGGAGGGGAUCUUUAUGAUUACGUUGGUCACAUCAAACUGGUGGGUGAGCAGGCUCUGACUGCCGGUCUUGUGCUUGAUGAAGUCGAGAUAGCUUCCUCACGGCGUCUUAUGGUUCAUGUCCAGACACAUGCUGGUCCUGUGAUGAAGCUAUACCUAUGGGACAAGGUUGCUACGGACUUUUGUGAGAAGUUUAAAGCGAAUGGAAACACUCCGAGUGUUAUUUUGGUGACUACUGUAAACCCAAAACGGUUUGGAGGCGCUCUAACACUCUCCUCCCUAUCAUCCUCCCGUGUGUUUCUCGACUUGGACGUUCAACCAACCAGAGAUUACAUGACUUGGUUGGGAUCAAACACAGAUGUUGCCAACAGGGUUAAUCCCGACAUUGUGACCAAGGCAGAGACGGUUACAAUAGGAGAUCUUUUCUCUUACAUCAAGCAUGAAGGAUCAAAGGUUGCUUGGUUUGAGUGCACAGCCACCAUUGAUGAUGUUGUGCAUGGUUCUCCAUGGUAUUAUAUUUCAUGCGGUGGGUGCAAGACGAAGGCGACAAAGGGGCAUACUACGCUCAUGUGUAAAAAAUGUGGGAAAGCUGAAGUUACCGGUGUUGCAGAGUAUCUUACGAAGCUCUCUGUCUAUGACAAAAAUGACCAUGGGUUUUUUGUGCUUCUCGGUGACGCUGGGCGUGAGUUGACUGGGAAGCCAGCAUCAGAAUUGGUUGAGAGAUACUUUGAGGCCAAUGAAAGCGUAGGAGAUGAUCACAUGGUUCCGGUGCCACAGGCUCUAAUUGAUACCAUUGGGCAAACUCGCACUUUCAUUGUGAAGGUUUCAAAACACAAUUUGGAAGGCAAGACCCGAUCUUUGACUGUUACAAAGGUGCUCCCUCUUGAAGCUGCAGCAGCUGAUGGCAACUUAGAAGAAAAUGUGAUUGCUUCUGCUGUCGAGGAGACCUUACAGAUGGGCAAGCGUGUGAAUGGUUCUUCCAGUGAGCAUGAGGGAUCCACAGAUGCAGCGGUGAAAAGGAGUUUUGAUGGGGAUGAGUCAGAAGAAGCUAAGCGUGCCAAAUGUGGCUAG